GGGAGGACGCACAGGCACGGACCACAGAGAGGUUUCCAGGGGAUCUUGCACCGCUCAUGCCCCUGCUCUCCUCUCUGAGGGAUGGGCACCACAGAGGCGACUCUACGCAUGGAGAACAUGGAAGUGAAAGACGAGUGGCAGGAUGAAGACUUCCCCAGACCACUACCAGAGUACGGAGACAUGGAUCCCUCCUGUGGUCUCACAGACAACAGAGGCUCUCCCCCUAACUCCCUGAACGUGAGCCCACCCGGCGGAGGAGAUGUUGGUGGGUCCUCAUCCCACCGUAAGCGCCGCACGUUGCUCGCCCCGGAUAUGAACCUGUCCCUGGAUCACAGUGAGGGCUCUCUGCUGUCAGAAGACUUCCUGGACACACCAGACGAUCUGGACAUCAACGUUGAUGACAUGGAUACACCAGACGAGACGGACUCACUGGAGUUCAUCACCAAUGGGAACGAAUUGGAGUGGGAAGAUGACACUCCGGUGGCCUCGGCCAAGGCAGGUCCCGCUAACGGCUCAGGAGACGUGGACGAAGAGGGGAACACUAACAAUGGACGCCUCUGGAGAACAGUAGUCAUCGGCGAACAGGAGCAUCGUAUUGACAUGCAGGUCAUCAGACCCUACGUACGGGUCAUCACACACGGAGGAUAUUACGGAGAAGGACUCAAUGCCAUCAUUGUGUUCUCCGCCUGUUACCUGCCUGACAGCAGCUGUCCAGAUUAUCACUACAUCAUGGAAAACCUCUUCCUGUACAUGGUGAGCAGCCUGGAGAUGCUGGUGGCUGAAGAUUAUCUGAUCAUUUACAUGAACGGAGGCACGCCUCGCAGUAAGAUGCCCGGGAUCAGCUGGCUCAAGAAAUGUUACCAAAUGAUUGACAGAAGAUUGAGGAAGAACCUGAAGUCUCUGGUCAUCGCUCAUCCAACGUGGUUCAUAAGAACAGUCCUGGCUAUUUCCAGGCCUUUUAUCAGUGUGAAGUUCAUGAAUAAGAUCCAGUAUGUCCACAGUCUGGAUGAACUGGCCGAGAUCGUCCCCAUGGAGCACGUCCAUGUCCCAGAGUGUGUGGCGCAAUUUGACGAGGAGAGGAUUAAUGUCCGGAGGGAAAGGAUGGAGCAGGAGCAGAGGCAGCAGGAUCAGCAACACUCAGUCUCCCAGGAGACAGUGAAAAAGUCUGCAAGGCCAAAGUCGGUGAUAGCAGAUCAAUAGUUGUGAGAAGGACAGAACUCUGCAGGAUGUGACUUAGGUGUUGAGCAUGAAACCUUUGAUUAAGAAGCAGCUUCCUUAUUCUACCAACAACCAGCUGAAGAUUUGUGCCAUCAUCCUCGAGUCGAUACUCUGAGCGCUCCAUCUCUAAUCCCUCUGUCUGGAACCCUGGAACCAUCUUGUUCUUUCUCUGCGGGAGGUGUAGAUAUCACUGGGGAAGACGCUGCUCCACUGAGCUUCAGCACUUUGCAAGAACUGUUUAUUGAGGAAAACUGAGUUCAUCAGUUCAUUACUGGGCUGUGUGGUCUCCCAUAUUGAAAUGUUACAUCAUCCUGAAGCUCUAAAACGUGGGAACAAGGACAUUAAUCCCUCUACAAUAACUAAAAUAGUAGAAAGUUGUUAUUUUUUAUUCCGCAGCUUGUUAAUAGGAGUUAAUUCACUGCAUUACCAUAAGAAAUGCAGAUGUUUGUUUGAAAUCAAAAUUGUUUUAAGAGUUCUUUGCAACCUUUUCAUUUGACAAGAGGGUGGGACUUGAGAGGUUGAUUAGAAACUGUGCUCGUGUCUGUGUGACAUCACCAGAUCACUGUGAUCACAGACAUUUAUACUGACGCUGUUGUGUCAAUAUAAUGCAGAUAUAAUAAUGUUACUCCAUAUGAUCAGAUGCCUUCAUCUUUUAUUU